UCCUUCGUGCAUUUCUUUCUUCGCAAGUCCUGAUGGAAGAAGCUCUCAGGAGGCUAAACGGGUUAGCCCCGAAUCCAGAACCCGACUCACAGGAUCCCAUGUCCGAUCACCCGAAGAAGUGCUCGGCCACCACCAAGAGGACGGUCAGAGAAAACGGCGGCACAAUGAGGUACCGCGGAGUGCGGCGUCGGCCAUGGGGCCGUUACGCGGCGGAGAUAAGAGAUCCUCAGUCCAAAGAGCGACGGUGGCUCGGCACUUUCGACACGGCGGAGGAAGCUGCAUGCGCCUAUGACUGCGCCGCCCGAGCCAUGCGUGGCCUCAAAGCUCGCACCAAUUUCGUUUACCCGACUUCACCGCCUCCCUCGGCGACCACCGAACAUUUCUUCCCUCAUUUCGUCUUCGCCAAACAAUCUCACAAUCAAAUGAACAAGAACCUUAGCCCUCAUAACCGCCCUUUCGGGUGGUCUUCUUCUAGCUCUAACUCUCACGUCGCCGACUUCCCAUCUCCUGCAAAUUCUUCUCUCAACAUGUUUCUCUUUCGUGACUACCUUGACUCUGCUUCAAACCCAUCUUUGGUUACUUCUGCUGAUCAGCAAUUUUACAACCCCGUGACCAAGGUCAUAUGUUCAUGUUCCGGUGCCUCUUCUACAUCUUUACCCCCGUGUAGCUCUGUCCUAGAUUGCUGUGUCGUGAAUUCUGCCGGUGGAGAUGUGGAGAAUACCAAAAUUGCUGAAGCAGCCAAUGAAGAUUUUGAAUUCUUUCCCAGAGAGCCUUCGGACUCCGGAUUGUUGGAAGAGAUUGUCCAUAGGUUCUUACCAAAAUCAAAGCCCAACCAGCAGCCGGAGGAUCGAGUGAAAGAGGACACUCUCUCUCUGUCCACACCACAGUUGGUUCCUUCUCAGCCAGCUUAUGAUCGUGGCAUGUUUACUCCCACCGCUUCUCUGAACCAUGAAAGUCUGAGGAAUAAGGAGGUGACCAAGGCUGAGGAUUAUAAUGCUUCUUCUGAUCAGCAAGGUUAUUACAUCAUGCCGCAAUUUGACAGCUUUCAGAAUGGGUACAACACUGGACAAGGCUUGCCUCUCCACUUGAUGAUGAAAGAUGCAGGGUACUCCAUCAUGGAAGAUAUUUUCCAGUACCCAGAACUGCUUAAUUAAUUUGCAGCUCGGAUACAAAACGCUUAAUUCUGUGCAUUUCUGUGUGAAAUGUUCCUAGCUAGGUUAGUGCUAGGCAAUAUUCCUACGAAUUAUGGUCUAGGGUCUCGUGCAUGUGUGUUGAAUCCUUUGUGUUAGGGUUUUUAUUUACUGGUAAGAUUAACAGGGUUAG